GUAAAAAUGUCAGACAAAAGUGAUUUAAAAGCGGAACUUGAGCGCAAAAAGCAGCGUUUGGCUCAGAUAAGAGAAGAAAAGAAACGGAAGGAGGAGGAAAGGAAGAAGAAAGAGGCUGAUCUACAGCAAAAGAAGGAGCCAGCUCAGGAAGAUUCUGACCUCGACCGCAAAAGAAGAGAAACAGAAGCUUUGUUACAGAGCAUUGGUAUAUCCCCAGAACCACCUUUAGUGAGCACACCCAGUGACGCAGGCAGCCAGGACUCAGGAGAUCUGGGACCCAUAGGAAGGACCUUGCAAUGGGACACAGACCCCUCAGUGCUGCAGCUCCAGUCUGACUCUGAACUUGGACGCAGGCUGCACAAACUAGGGGUGUCAAAGAUUACCCAGGUUGAUUUCUUACCUCGGGAGGUGGUAUCAUACUCCAAGGAGACACAGACACCUCUUGCCACACAUCAAUCUGAAGAGGAUGAAGAUGAUGAAGAGAUGGUGGAGCCAAAAGCACAGGAUGACUUGGAGACAGAAAAUCAAGACCAGAAACAGGAAGUGAAAGAAGCUCCUCCUAGAGAACUCACAGAAGAAGAAAAACAGCAAGUUCUCCAUUCAGAAGAAUUCCUGAUAUUUUUUGACCGGACAAUACGUGUAAUUGAGCGAGCUUUGGCUGAAGAUUCAGACAUCUUUUUUGACUACAGUGGCAGAGAUGUAGAAGAGAAAGAUGGAGAUGUUCAAGCAGGAGCCAACCUUUCUUUUAACCGUCAAUUUUAUGAUGAGCACUGGUCAAAGCAUCGUGUUGUCACCUGUAUGGAUUGGUCUCUUCAGUACCCUGAGUUGAUGGUUGCAUCUUAUAACAAUAAUGAAGAUGCUCCACAUGAGCCUGAUGGGGUAGCCUUGGUAUGGAACAUGAAGUUCAAGAAAACCACACCAGAAUAUGUUUUCCAUUGUCAGUCCUCCGUGAUGUCUGUCUGUUUUGCCCGCUUUCACCCAAACCUCGUCGUUGGUGGAACAUACUCUGGCCAAAUUGUCUUGUGGGAUAAUCGCAGUCACAGGCGCACUCCAGUUCAGAGAACUCCCUUAUCUGCUGCUGCUCACACGCAUCCUGUGUAUUGUGUGAAUGUAGUUGGAACACAGAACGCGCACAAUCUCAUUACCGUCUCUACAGAUGGCAAAAUGUGCUCCUGGAGCCUGGACAUGCUCUCAACUCCACAGGAGAGCAUGGAGCUGGUUUACAAUAAGUCCAAACCAGUGGCGGUCACAGGAAUGGCUUUCCCAACCGGAGAUGUCAAUAACUUUGUUGUUGGCAGUGAAGAGGGAACAGUCUACACAGCCUGUCGUCAUGGAAGUAAAGCUGGCAUUGGUGAAAUUUUUGAAGGCCACCAAGGACCCGUCACAGGAAUCAACUGUCACAUGGCAGUGGGUCCAAUUGACUUUUCCCAUCUCUUUGUCACAUCAUCAUUUGACUGGACAGUCAAGUUGUGGACCACAAAG